UAAAAAAAUCAAAUUAUAUAUUUACAUACAUAUCUUUGAUUUUUGUCUACGGCGCGUUUUUUGCUUUUUUCAACACGGAAAAAGCACCAAAUAUUGUUUGAGGGAUUAUGAAUUAUUGGUAAUAGUUAUAAAUAAUUUUCGAUAGCCGCCAUAGUGAUUCGAGUCGCGGAUCGAGCUGGACGAAAAACGCCUGUGUGUGUGUGCUUAGGACUGUAUUUAAAUAUGAAUUUUCAUUCUUCUGAGACAAAGACAGCCAAUAUUUACGCUUUGUGCCAACACUGCCGUGUAAUUAAACAAUCGAUCGUUUGAUCUUCGAGCAACGAUAAUGAUGAAGCGACUUUGUAACAGCUUAGCUGAAUUUGCAUUCCUGAAAGCAUUAAUUAAUUACACAACCGGAGUUUUUUAAAGGGAAUAUAUGAAAUAAUCAAGAGUUUACAACUUGUAGUUUCAGACAGAAAAUUUUGAAGGUUGAACUUUAUUAUUAAACGAGUUAUUCAAUCAUUUUUACAACUCCGAUAUUGACGAGUAAAAUGCUGAAUUGUAUUACAAACAAAACAAUUUCCCGAUUACGUCGAGCGCAUCGCGAAUUUCAUUGCAGAAGAAAGAAAUCAACGUAAUUCAUCGGAUAAUUGUUUUAAUCCUAAAACGAUAAUGAUAUUGCAAAGCUGUUUAUAGUACUUAAGAAUUUCUGGUUAUUGUUAUACCGACAUUGUGCCACUGCCUCGAUUUUCUUCCACGAAAAAUAUUUUCAUGCCCGAUCGGAAUCAUUAUCGAGCUAUACAUUACAGAAGCAACUGAUAAGCAACUGAUUUAAUUCUUGCAAACGCUGGAGUCAUUUAAAUGUGGAAGGAAGCUCGUUUCUUGUAGAAUCUUAAUCGAAUUGGUAAUUGAUCGUGAGAGAUUGUUAAAAAAUUAAGAAUUCGCUAAUUAGCAAUCGAACGAUUACUUAAUUAACGCAUUGCGAAUUAUUAGGAAAUUGAAAUUCAAAUUUCACUAGAUUGGAGCUUAGGAACAAUAAUUAUUCAGUUAAUUGCGAAGCGAAUCUUACAAAUGAAUCUUGCGGAAAGAGCGCGAAGAGAGUCCUGCGAAAAUCGGCUGCGACAUUCUUUUUAUUUAACCGAUUAGUAAUUUGAUAAUUGAAUAUGGGUGAUUAUUCCCGUCGAUACGUCGAUUAUAAAUCGGUGUGAGAAAAGAACGUGUGCAUGAAAGAAAGAGAGAAAGAGUGAAAUGCAAGAGAGGAAAAGAAUGCGAGUGAGAGAAAGGGUGUGUGUGUGUGCGCGCGCGCGCGCGCGCGUGUGAGAGAGAGAGAGAGAGAGAGAGAGAGAGAGAGAGAAAUUGUAAGAAAGAAAGUGGGAGGAUAAGAUGUUUUAAGUAACUGUGAUUUUUUUGCAAAUGUUUUAUAUAUAUAUUAUAUAUAUAUGUAUGUUAUAUACACAAAUAUGAAUUAAUUUCUACACAUAAUAUAAAUGAUGUUUCGAUGUCGCUGUGUUUAUACGGAUUAGGCUAACAUAUCGUUAAUGAAAAUGAUGAUAAUGAUUAUUACGAUUAUUAUCAUUAUGAUUAUUAUGGAUGACAAUUAUGAUUAUUAUUAUCAUUAUUAUUCCUCAUUAUUGUUACGGAGCUCGAAUGUUGCUGAUUGCUUGCUGUAAGUAUACGAGGAUGGAUUGUAUCGUCGAUUAUUAGCGCAUUUUUACGCCUCAUUAAACAAAUUGAUACGGAAGCGACGUUCAUUCGUCACGACGGAAAUUCUUGUGCAUUUCUUACUUUCUUAGGAUUUGUUUAUUAGGAAAAAAAAAGCUUUUGUUAUUCGUACUUAUGGCGCCGUUUCAAUUUGCGCCGGAUGCUUUUGUUAUUUAAUUUUUUCCUUCGUAGCGUUUUUUUGUGUUAAAUAAAUAUUUAUACGCGACAAAGAAGGUAUUCGUAUGCCGUUGCUUCGCCAUGAAUCGCUCUUUUCUCGAGACACACUUUUCAAUAUAAAUUAAGCAACGAUACAGAAUUUUUUUGUUAUCAUUGAGACGAUAUCGAUGAUGUCAUUAAAAUUUAUUUAUUUACUGAUAAUCAAGUGCAAUAAGAAAUGACAUUGAUGGCGAGUCAAUAGCUGUGCGAACGCUAUUUUUGCGCACUGUAAUUAGCGCGUUAAUUUAGGGAUCGCAAUUGAACAUUAAUUUACGAAAUAUUAAUGUUGCGACUUGGCGAAAUUUCCAGGUAAGCAUAUGGUUUGAAUAAAUCGGCAUAUCUACCUCACUCUCGUCGUUUUUAAUAUCAUGUCAUAUCACUCGCCUGGAACAGCCCCUUUAAGUCCAAUUUAAUUAGCGUCCAGCCUCAGAGUACGUAAAUCCUGACAAAUCCUUUCAGGAGGCCGUAUCGAUCUCGUGAUGCAAUUUACAACAAUUAAUCCAAAUAAUUAAAUUAAUCGUUUAACUGAUAAGCAGAUAAUAUUUGUUGCAAAAAGAGGAUGUAAGAUGAAAGAUGUCGUAUUUCAUCGUGCAAAAUACGCUGGAUUUCCGAGACACCCCAUAUAUCCACUCAAAUUGACGAGUUCGGAGUUGAAGGGUUGCUCCUCCUCUCAUCCCUCACACGGCGAAUGCGCGCGCGCAUAUCAGUGAUAAGCCGGCUUCCUUUGAUUUUCCGGUGUAGAAACCGGCGUGCCGGUCGGUACCCUCUCUCGUGCGCGCCGCGCCCUGCCGCUGUUGGCGUCGCGACGCAUCGCGACGGCGACGCGACGUACCCGUUCCGCGUAAACGCGGAAACGAAGAUGCACCGCCGGCAGGUGCGCGAGUCCUCAGUUUUUGCAGAUCAAGGAGUCCAGCUGGUGCCAACAAUGAGCGUUGGGAAAGCGAGUAGAGGCGUUUUUGAUGAAUUUUGACGAGUUCGAGCUUCGGAUCGGAUUCGAUCGGCCGCGUGCUCUUUCGAUCAUUGCAGAUUUCUGAAGAAGUUAACAUUUUAGUGAAAAUUUCAGUGAUCACGAAAUUGUUGAAUGUGGAAAUGGUGUUGUUUGGACGGAUAAAGCAAAAACGAAUUAUGAUACACGUGUCGUCCGAGUGCGCGCAUAGGUAUGAUCGGGUGAAGCGAAAAGGCGCGGCUUUCUUCACGAAUCUGUUCAAAUCGAGAAAGCUGGCGAUAGGGAUGAAGAUUAACGAGGACGAGGAGAUAGAACGUGCGCCCAGGGUGGAAACUCCUGCAAUUAUCACCACCGCUUGUCGUCGAAGCGGCUCGGAAAAUGACAACGUGAUGUCACGAAUUCCGUCGACCUUGAGUGUGACAGCGGUGGACGUCGUUGUCUCCUGUCAGCCGUCACCCUCACACUCAAUUCUGACCCUGACACCCGGUAGAACGCGUAACAUCGAUCAGGACAUGGAGGCGCUCAGACUGAGUCGUCAGGACAAUCCGUUUCUACAGGUAUUAGCAAGUCGAGAAAGCCUCGUGGAAUCGAUCGAGGAGUCCGAGUCUGACGAUGCGAUUUUGAUGUCGCAGGAAUUGGGUGACGCGGAUCCUCUCACACUGGCGCAGGUACACGAGCACCUUGUACGCAGUCCGCCCCCGGCUUCGUGGCCCAAUUCCACGGGUCACUUCCAAUUUCCCCUUCAGGAUCAGAGCAUCACUCCCAUUAAGAACGAUGUGGCACCACCAAUUAAGAGCCCGUCAAAGACGCCGUUGCAUCGCGGCAACGAGCACGAGUUGUCCAGAAGUGAACCGUCGACUGAUAUCAGAGAUCGACACUGUCACCCUUUUUCGUUACUUCAUCCGACGCCGAUUCGCUCGUUGUCGGAAGUUCGACGACUUCAUCGAUCGGCGGAUGACAGCGUCCAGCUCAUGUCAAACGAAUAAACUUCGCCAGAAUCCGAUCCUGAUCGGAACGAUUUCUCGUGACCGAAGGAUAUCGAUUUUUAAUCGUGCCAAUAUCCUUCGAAAAACAGCGACUAUUGGUGGGUCAAAGAAAGUUUCGUUUGUGGAAACGAAUCGGUAAAGUUUGUCUUAAUAAGUUGUUCAGAGAAUAAGAAGUACGAAGAACCGUCAAGGAUUUUCGUAUGUUUGAUACUUGGUCAGAUUGGAGUUACUAUAUGUUCGAGGUGAAUAUAUGACACGAGGCGAUCACAGAGCGAUUAACGAUGCUUUGCAACGCAAUGAACGUUGUUUCUUUUCCAAGUGCAAUCAACAUUCCAUCAAGCGUGAAAAAACAAAUGCGGAUGUUGAAAAAAAAAAAAUUUUUUUAUCGUUAGAAUUUAUUGAAUCUGGAAGUUCAAUAGAUUAUUGAAUUUUUAUUGAUUUUUAAUUAACUUAUUGUAUAAUUAUAUUAAUUUAUUAUUUCUCAAAUUAUUC